AUGUCUGCCCCGCUUAGCCUGUUGAAGACAGCGUACAACGCUUGCAACAAGAUCGAGCGUAACGAGUACUGCUCAAUGGAAACACCGUACGUCGAUAUGCGAAUCUGUUGCUGGUCGCUGUUCAAAAUAAUAAAAAUCAACAAAAAACUAAACGGGGUCAAUGGUAGGAAGAACAUGUACAGGGAAUUGAACCGCAGGUUUAAAAAUAAGUUUCAACGCAUAUGUGAGAUGGCAGCGUUGAGUGGGCACAUCGAUUGCCUGAAACUUGCCCACGAGAUGGGCGUUGGAUGGGGAAACGGUGAGGCCUGCACCAUGGCAGCUCUAGCCAGUGAUCUGGAGUGCUUGAGGUACGCCUGGGAGAACGGAUGCCCUUGGGACGAGAGGACAUGCGCCUACGCUGCGGAAAGUGGCAAUCUAGAAUGCCUUAAGUAUGCCCGGGAAAAUGGAUGCCCUUGGGACGAGAUGACAUGCGCCUACGCCGCGGAAUGGGGCAAUCUAGAAUGCCUUAAGUAUGCCCGGGAAAAUGGAUGCCCUUGGGACGAGAGGACAUGCGCCUACGCCGCGGAAAGUGGCAAUCUAGAAUGCCUUAAGUAUGCCCGGGAAAAUGGAUGCCCUUGGGAUGCGAGGACUUACAUAUCAGCCGCGAUGAAUCUUCACAACGCCUGCGCAGAGUACGCACGGGAAAACGGGUGCCCAACCGACGAGCCUCAGUAA